AUGUCACUGUUGAGCCACGCGCCUUACGUCAUCUUGCUGACGCAACUCCUACUCGGACAAGAACGAUUGGCGGUGUUUACACGCUCCAGCCUCAUGAGAGUGGUGCUUCUGCCGGAUUACGUAUUUAUAAGAAUACCCCUCGCGUGGUCUUCUGUGCCCAGCGGUUCGNGUUUUUUUUUUUUUUUUUUUCAGCGGGUGGCUUUUCAGAGGAGCCAGGAGCAAAUUUGGUCAUAUAAAUUAAAAUUAAUGGAAAAGGGAAGACGUGUUGAUGGCAAACUGAAUGCACUUUAUUGCCAAGAUUUAAUUAGGUGGCUACUUCUUCAAUUGAAUCGGCCAGCCUAUCUUAUCAUGGGAAAAACUUCUCAAGAUCAGUGUGCUUCAUCAGAUUCUGUUCAUGUCGAAAGCUACAGGAGGGCUGCCUUGUUUACACAGAAUCCCGAGCUAUCCAUGAAUAUUGUCACACAACCUGAAAUGAGCCAAUCAAUUCUGCAGUUCCAAUAUGCUUAUGCUGACCCUUACCUUAGUGGAUUCUAUACUGCCUACGGACCUCGUAACAUGAUUCCGGCGCAGGUCAUGGCGGCAGCCACUGGCCGGAUUCCUCUGCCGGCCGAUAUUCCGGCGGAUGGUCCGAUUUUCGUCAAUGCAAAACAGUACCAUGGCAUACUUAGAAGGAGACAAAUACGCGCCAAGCUCGAGGCUCAGAACAAACUCGUCAAGAACAGGAAACCGUACCUGCACGAGUCUCGUCAUCAGCACGCGGUGAAUAGGGUUAGGGGGUCCGGUGGGCGCUUUCUAAGCACAAGGAAGGCCCAUGAGGAGCAGCCCGAUUCUGAGCCCAAUAACGUCUCGAAUUACAAUAUGGGCCCCUUGACUGGUGAAGACACGGGCCCAUCUAGUAUGGGUGUCCAGACGCUAGGUGGAGGCUUUGCUUACUAUGCUUCGGUGGUGCGGUGAGUGGGUAAUUUAAUGCACGGGCUCGGCAAUUCAUCCUUGGCUUCUUCAUGACUGUGAUUUUCCUGGUUUUGUUUUUUGUGCUUUCCCCAAGAACAGAAAUCAUUUAAAUUCUCACCUUUUGCUGAAAACUUAUGUGGUUUGGUGUGUGGAGUGUUAUAUGUGAGGUGGAUUAUGUUUUGUAUGGGUUGUGGAUUGUGGUGUUUUAUGUCUUGUGGACUAGUUUGUGCUUGUUGGCUACAUUGUGCAUUGUACGAUUAAAAAUGGAGACAUUGCUAACUUUGUUACAAGUACAAUGCACAAUGUAAUCACGAAUAUAGUAA